AUGGUUGGCGAGGGCGCCGCUACGGAAGUCAUGGACCUGGAGGCGCAGGUCGCUGCUUUGCGGGAGCGCCACAGUCCAGGGGGAUGGGGGAGAAGGGGAGGGGGGGGGGGGGGGUUUGGAGGGGGGUGCGAGGGGCACUCACGAGGGGGUGCAAGGGGUACUCACGAGGGGGUGCGGGGGGCACCCACGAGGGGGUGCGAGGGGCACCCACGAGGGGGUGCAAGGGGCACUCACGAGGGGGUGCGAGGGGCACCCACGAAGGGGUGCAAGGGGCACUCACGAGGGGGUGCAAGGGGCACUCACGAGGGGGUGCUAGGGGCACCCACGAGGGGGUGCAAGGGGCACUCACGAGGGGGUGCAAGGGGCACUCACGAGGGGGUGCGAGGGGCACCCACGAGGGGGUGCAAGGGGCACUCACGAGGGGGUGCAAGGGGCACUCACGAGGGGGUGCAAGGGGCACCCACGAGGGGGGUGCGAGGGGCACCCACGAGGGGGUGCGAGGGGCACUCACGAGGGGGUGCAAGGGGCACUCACGAGGGGGUGCGAGGGGCACCCACGAGGGGGUGCAAGGGGCACUCACGAGGGGGUGCAAGGGGCACUCACGAGGGGGUGCAAGGGGCACCCACGAGGGGGGUGCGAGGGGCACUCACGAGGGGGUGCAAGGGGCACCCACGAGGGGGUGCAAGGGGCACUCACGAGGGGGUGCAAGGGGCACUCACGAGGGGGUGCGAGGGGCACCCACGAGGGGGUGCAAGGGGCACUCACGAGGGGGUGCAAGGGGCACUCACGAGGGGGUGCGAGGGGCACCCACGAGGGGGUGCAAGGGGCACUCACGAGGGGGUGCAAGGGGCACUCACGAGGGGGUGCAAGGGGCACCCACGAGGGGGUGCAAGAGGCACUCACGAGGGGGUGCGAGGGGCACCCACGAGGAGGUGCGAGGGGCACUCACGAGGGAGUGUAAGGGGCACCCACAAGGGGGUGCGAGGGGCACCCACGAGGGGGUGCAAGGGGCACUCACGAGGGGGCGCAAGGGGCACUCACGAGGGGGCGCAAGGAGCACCCACGAGGGGGUGCAAGGGGCACUCACGAGGGGGUGCAAGGGACACUCACGAGGGGGUGCGAGGGGCACCCACGAGGGGGUGCAAGGGGCACUCACGAGAGGGUGCAAGGGGCACUCACGAGGGGGUGCGAGGGGCACCCACGAGGGGGUGCAAGGGGCACUCACGAGGGGGUGCCAGGGGCACCCACGAGGGGGUGCCAGGGGCACCCAUGAGGGGGUGCAAGGGGCACUCACGAGGGGGUGCGAGGGGCACCCAGGAGGGGGUGCGAGGGGCACCCAUGAGGGGGUGCAAGAGGCACUCACGAGGGGGUGCAAGGGGCACUCACGAGGGGGUGCGAGGGGCACCCACAAGGGGGUGCGAGGGGCACUCACGAGGGAGUGCAAGGGGCAGUCACGAGGGGGUGCGAGGGGCACUCACGAGGGGGUGCAAUGGGCAGCAGGGGGAUGGAGGAGAAGGGGGGGGGGGGGGCAGUGUAGAAGUUGCUCGGGCAACAGCAGGGCGUGCGACGGGCAGAAACCCGUCAUUCGCCACCCUCGCCACCCCCAUACCCUCCCCCCCCUGCUGA